UUCUUGCAUUGAUAGAGUUGUGUGAUUUGUGAAGAACUAAGAAGAAUGGCAAGAGAGAAAAUCCAGAUAAAAAAGAUCCAUAACACAACAGCGAGGCAAGUUACUUUCUCUAAGAGAAGAAGAGGGCUUUUUAAGAAGGCUGAGGAGCUUUCUAUUCUCUGCGAUGCUGAACUCGCUCUAAUCAUUUUCUCCUCAACUGGAAAGCUCUUCGAGUACGGCAGCUCAAGUAUCAAGGAGAUAGUGGAGAGGCGUAAUCUGCAUUCUAAGAACCUCCAAAAACUGAACGAACCUUCCCUUGAGCUGCAGCUAGAGAACAGCAACUGUGCCAGGUUGACCAAGGAAGUUGCUGAGAAGAGCCAUCAACUGAGGAGAAUGAGGGGAGAAGAUCUGCAGUGGUUAAGUAUAGAGGAAUUGCAGCAGCUAGAGAAAUCCCUUGAAACCGGAUUGGGUCGUGUAGUAGAAAGAAAGGGUGAAAAAAUUAUGGAAGAGAUGAGGACACUCCAGAGAAAGGGAUUACAAUUGGAAGAAGAGAAUGAGAGAUUGAGACAACUGAUGAACGUAUCUAAAGGCCAAUUGCAUGUCACUCAUGAAUCUGAAACCAUAGUCUAUGAAGAAGGCCAAUCAUCGGAAUCUGUUACUAAUGUCUGUAGCUCUGUUGGUCCACCCCAAGAUUAUGACAGUUCUGAUACGUCUUUGAAGCUGGGGUUAACCUUUUUCUAGCUGAAUUUGAAGGAUGAUGUUGGUGGAGAUUACAGUGCAAGAGGGGAAGGCUGCUCUAAAUUCUCUAUGUUCCCUUCAAGUCAAACUAGC